AUGUUGCGUGAACACAAAAUUAAGAAAACUUACGCCGCUGUUGUCAAAGGUGUGGUGAGUUUAGACAAGCAGUUAAUUGAUGCACCUUUGCACCGUUAUGAACUGGCCAAUGGUGAACGUCGUGUGCGUGUGUCGAGUGAAGGGCGUACCCAUCAAAUUCGUGUGCAUGGUUUAAGCAUCGGUCAUCCACUGGUCGGUGACGAUAAAUAUGGUCAUGAAACGGAAUAUAAAGGCCCGAAGCCGCGUCGUUUAUGUCUGCAUGCAAUGCGUUUAGACAUUCCUGGUUAUGCGCCGAUUGAAGCGCCUUUGCCUGAAGAUAUGCAGAGUAUUGUGGCGCAGUUAAGAGCACAGAAGAAGGAUUGA